UGGUAACAACGCAGAGUACACUAGCAGGCGAAACAAACCCCAAUUUUAGUCUCGUCUAUGGCUCCCAAACGGUCACCGUUGGAUGAGCCACCGGCAGCGUCUUCCUCCGAAUUAGAAGAAACCUCAUCGGGCGAGGAGGAGGAAGGUGUAUCCAGAGACGGAUCUUCCUCUGAAGAAGGGGAGGAUGAAGAAGAAACUCAAGCUCAGAAACCGAAAAAGUCUGCUCUUCCUUCUACUCCUGCUGUCGAUAAAAAAGCAGCACCGAAGAAGUCUGAACUUGCUACUAACUCUCAGGCUCAGUCUUCUUCCUCAGACAGCGGCUCCGGAUCCGAUACCGAUUCGGGUACAUCCGGAAGAAACGUCCAGCCGAUUACCUCUAAUCCGAUUGAAGAGACUCCAAAGAUGAAAAAGCCCAGAUCCAAGCCUUCUGCCUCAGCUACGCCUGCGCGAUCGUCUUUGAAGAGGCCUAGUGAGACAGUAAGAGAGGCAAAACGGCCAAAGAGUUCUGAGGCUGACGCUGAUGAUGGGGUUGUCGCGGACGAUGAUUCCAAGAAAUCUGUUGACGAAUCCAAAAAGUUGUUUCAGAGACUAUGGAGUGAGGACGAUGAGAUUGCUAUACUGAACGGCAUAAUUGAUUAUACAGCCAAGAAGGGUGCUGACCCAGCUCUUGAUAUGAAUGCCUUCCAUGAUUUCAUCAAGAAAUCUCUUCACGUCGACGUAACCAGGGCCCAGUUAGUGGAUAAGAUACGUCGAUUGAAGAAGAAAUACAGGAACAAUGUUGAUAGAGGUAAAAAGGGUGCCGACCCAACAUUUUCAAAACCCCACGAACAAAAAGGUUUUGAGCUGUCAAAGAAAAUAUGGGGGGGCGAAGGAAUUACUCGGACUCCGGUUGUGGAGCAGCCCAAGCCAAAUGCUAAUGGCACUCCAAAGAAGAAUCAAAGAGGUAGCUCCACUAAGACACUGGCUUCACUCAAAGCUGAGUUGCUUCCUUCUCCAGAUGCCCCAAAGGAUGAUGCUAAGAUGAAAAUUGAUGAUAACGAAGCUCCUUCAGGGUGCAUGGAUGGUUUUGUUGCAUUUGAAAGGUCUUUGGGUGCUGCUGGCUUUCCAGAAAGUUUUUUGAAGCCAGGAUUAAAUUUAAUAGGGCAAUCCAAGAGAACAGAGCUGGAGGAGGAGUGGAAGAAAUUGCAUCUUGCAGAACUAGAGCUUUUUCUGAAGAGGACGGAUUUGAUUAGGGACCAGGCAAAGUUGAUACUAGACGCCUACAAAUCAUCUGACAAGUAAGGAUUUGGACUUUGGACAAGAGUAUAAUUCUUCAGCUUUCAGAUUGAUAGUUCAGAGCUCAAAUAUAUUCAUGUUGUUUGUUGUUUUGUCUAGGAUUAGGGUUGUCAUACUUUUAAAUUUGUCUGAUUUUAUUUAUAUCCUCGAGACCUUAGGGUAAGUUACUACCGGCUAUGCAUAAAUCUCUACUUCUGUUGGUGAAUUCUACUACUUAUAUGUGGUAUUGACGUCAGUUUAUUCUAGUGAUGGUGUAUUUAUCUUUUUGUUUCUCUCCCAAGAACAACUGCUUUUUAUUUUCCUCAUUGUUAAACAGGUGACUUUCUGUCUUACUCUGGUAUGGGUAUUAUACUAUCAUUCAAGAUGUUUGUUGGA